AUGCUACCAUCUUUAAAACAGACUAAACCUGUAGUUGGGGGUUCUUUGUCUGAAAUUCUCAAACAGGUAUCACUUACGACACCAUCUUCUGACAGUAACAGUAACAAUAACAACUCUAAGAAAGGGUCUCUUGACAUGACAACUGUGCUGAAGGACCUGGGAAAGGUCAAACUGAAACCAGUGGAAAGAGAUGGAAAACUCAAAGCAGUCCUUCAAAUGCUUAUUUUCAGAUCACCAGGGGGAACACCUGUAAAUAAAAAUCCAAAGCCAUCUGCAACAGAUCCAGCUUCUAUUAUUGCUGAAGCACUGAAGCGAAAGUUUCGGAAUCAUGUACAGCAUAGUCCAGAUGUUGACAAGGAAAACGAGAAUCAUGACUUUGAUUCUUCUGAUAAUAGUCCUAAAUUCAAGUUUGGACAGCAUGUUCUGCGGAAGACACAGCGUCGUCUUUCUCUUAUCCAAGAAACAACACAGCUGGCAACUUCACCUGGGACUUGCUCACCUGUGAGUUCGCCUUUGAAAAUACUCAACUGUUUGGCCCCAGAUGAGAUCAGCAAAUACAGUGGACAAGGACAACAUGUUCUGGAUUGA